GUGGCCGCUACUUGAGCGCGGGAAGCUACUGGUAGGGCGGAAGCUUAGGUGCUAUGUUGCCGCUGCCGCCGCUGGUGCAGCUCCUUGGACCCGCUCUCGGAGAGAUUGGGACAUGAGCGAGGAACGAGAGAUUCGCCAAUUAAAGAAGGCCAAGGCUAAGGCCCAGAAGAAUGGACAGCUGAAGGAGGAAGCUGUGCUCUGCAAUCAGUUGGGGGAGAUUUUGGCUAGUCAUGGCAGUUACAGGGAAGCACUGGCUGAGCAUCAACAGGAGCUUCAUCUUCUGGAAAUCACUGGGGAUGUGUUGGGAUGUGCUGUGGCCCAUCGAAAGAUUGGUGAGCGGCUGGCAGAGCUGGAGGAUUACACAUCUGCCCUGAAGCACCAGCAUCGUCAUCUAGAGCUGGCACAGUCUUUGUCCAGCUACAUUGAACAGCAGAGGGCCUGGGCAACCAUUGGCCGAACAUAUCUGGCCAGCUAUGAUCACAGCCAAUCGGUUGAUGCACUCCUCCAAGCACAGACUGCCUUUGAGAAGAGUUUGGCAAUAGUGGAUGAGAAGUUAGAGGGAAUCCUGACACAGCAGGAACUGAGUGAGAUGAGGACCCGUCUCUACCUCAACUUGGGCCUUACCUUUGAUAGUCUGAAGCAGCCAGCCCUGUGUAGUGACUAUAUCAAGAAGAGCAUCUUUCUUUCCGAGCAGAAUCACCUAAAUGAGGAUCUUUUUCGGGCUCGCUACAAUCUGGGCACUAUUCACUGGCGGGAUGGGCAGCAUUCAAAGGCCAUGCGCUGCCUGGAGGGAGCACGGGAAUGUGCCCGAAUCAUGAAGAGGAAGUUCAUGGAAAGCGAGUGCUGUGUUGUUGUUGCCCAGAUUCUCCAGGACCUGGGGGAUUUUGUGGCUGCUAAGCGGGCCCUAAAGAAGGCCUAUAGGUUAGGCUCCCAGCAGCCCAAGCAGCGACACACGAUCUGCAGAAACCUCAAGUACGUGGUAAAAGUGGUGAGUCUGCAGCAAAGGCUGGAGAGGCCAAGGCCAAUUGACCUGCAUGAAGCUCUGGGCAUCUGUGAGCAGCUUGGGGACCUGUUCUCCAAAUCUGGAGACUUCCCCAAAGCAGCUAGAGGCCUACAGAAACAGUUGCAGUUUGCCAAAUCUGUGAAGAUACCAAACCAGGAGUUGGCUGUCAUUCACGUCUCACUGGCUGCCACCUUUGGGGACUUGAAGAACUACAGUUGGGCUGUGGAGCACUAUGAGGAAGAACUGAGAGUUCUGGAGGGCAACCCACUAGAGGAGGCAAAGACCUGGUUGAAUAUUGCCUUAUCCAAGGAAGAGGCUGGUAAGCCCUAUGAGGAACUGGAACCAUGUUUCCAGAAUGCUCUCCAAUGUUCACAGGAGGCCAAGAAGCCUUGGCUACAGCGGCAGAUCCUGCAGCACCUCCAUGCUAUACAGCUGAAAUACCAGCCCCUUGAAGCCCCCAACACUGCUUCCAAGCUGCAGGAGCUAAACUGUACAGAAGGCUGGAGCCCAUCCAAGGAUGAUAUCAGUGAGGAAGAGGAGGAAGAGGAGCUGGAGAAUAGUGAGACCUUGGAGGACAGUGACAUAGAACUAUCUGAAAGUGAGAAUGAAGGUGCUGAGGAGGAAAUGGAGAGCUAUGGACAGACUGGCCCUGGCCGUCGAAGACUAAAUAAGUGGAAUCGUCGAAAUGAUAUGGGGGAGACAAUGUUGCAUCGAGCAUGUAUUGAUGGGCAGUAUCGCCGAGUCUGUGACCUUGUGGAACAGGGUCAUCCUCUGAAUCCCCGAGACUACUGUGGCUGGACUCCCUUACAUGAAGCUUGCAACCAUGGGCAUUUAGAGAUUGUUCGCUUCCUGCUGGACCAUGGUGCUGCAGUGGACGAUCCUGGGGGUCCAGGCUGUGAGGGUAUCACUCCUCUUCAUGAUGCACUUAACUGUGGUCAUUUUGAGGUGGCUGAGCUAUUAAUAGAGAGGAGAGCAUCAGUCACUGCAAAAAACAGCAAGGGUCAUACCCCUCGGGAGACCCUCCGGCAGUGGGUCAAACUCUAUGGAAAGGAUUUAGAUCAGGAAACCCGUCAAAAAGCCCAAGCUAUGGAAAAAUUGCUUCAGCAAGCAGCCAUGGAAAAAUUGCACCGGACAGCUUCACUGGGCCAAGCAUCCCAAGGCUCUCUUACUCCACAAACCAUCCAAACCAAUUCUCUGUUUGACCCUGAGACUUCACCUUCUUCCAGCCCCGUCAGGUCUUCCCAUUUCUUGGCCAAAUCAGAGGCUCAGCAUCCUUUUAUUGGGAACAGGUCCCUUAAUAAGCCCUUGACCUCCCCAGAACAAGGAUUAGGUAUUACCAGGCCACAGAGUUAUCAUGUUGGAGGUGAGGCCAGUAGCUCUGAAGGGGACGAUGAUAAGGUCCCAUUCCAGCCAGUUAAGAAGAGACCAAGACUCCUUAACUUGGGGCAGCGAGCAGAAGGAGCAACACUGUGCUCUUCUGAGAGCACAGAGUCAAAUGUGGCAUCUGCUAGCCGGGCUGUGUACAAGGCAGCGAUCCGUGGUGUGGGCAGUGCCCAGGCCCGGCGCCUGUUCAAAACCAUAGCAAAAGGGCCAAGUCAGACACCUGUCGCCCAGUCAGCCCUCAUUCCUGAAGAAGAGUAUUUGAAUGGAGAUUGGCUGGAGGAUGAUUUAGAGUCGCACUGUGUUCGUCGCAAGAAAAGCCACUGUAUCCUAGACAAUGACUCAGACUGCACAUCUGAGCUAGAAAGUGAUGGUGAAACUAUUUGCUCAAGUUCUAAGCCACGUUCCCGACAAAGCCAACUCACUCGCAUUGUGGAUAAGACAGUGCUGGGCAGAACCAGUGGGAGCAGUAACUCAACAGGAGAAAAUCCCUCUGUCUCCAGGGUUUCAGAUAUCAGUGGAGAGAAUCCUUCAGCAGGAUACCUGCCAUGUUCAGUUGCACCCCCACCCAUACGGAUCCGGGUUCGUGUACAAGAUAAUGUCUUCCUUAUUCCAGUUCCCCAGAGUGAAAGACAUCCUGUGUCCUGGCUGGCAGACCAGGCAUCUCAACGAUACUAUCAGACGUGUGGGCUGCUAACCUGGCUUACUUUGAAAAAGGAAGGGGCCCUCUUAGCCCCUGAAGAUCUCAUCACUGAUGUUCUGCAGAGCAAUGAAGAGGUGCUGGCUGAAGUGAUCUCCUGUGACCUAACAUCCUUGACUGAUCGAUACCGAAAAGUUUGUCAAAACCUAAGGGAAGCUGAGAACCAGCUAAUUCUUCAGGCUCUGGAACAGCAGGGCUCAGGCCCCUCAUUCAGUGCUUGCUCCCUUGCCCUGCGUCCAGCCCAACUUACUCCAUUGCUUCGUGCCUUGAAGCUGCACACAUCACUCCGGGAGCUUCACCUGGUAGGGAAUCGACUUGGGAACAAUACAGCUGUGGAGUUGCUGUCCACUAUUAGCACCAUGCCUGGCCUGACUCUCCUUGAUCUCUCUUCUAACCAUCUGGGUCCUGAUGGCCUUCACCACCUUGCUAAUGGCCUCCCAAACCAUAGCACCUUCCAGAAUCUAGAGAAACUAAAUUUGAGUAUGAAUCCUUUGGGAGAUGGCUGUGUCCGAGCCCUAGCUUCCCUUCUUCAGUCCUGCCCUGCUCUCAGUACUCUGCGACUACAAGCCUGUGGCUUCACUUCAAACUUCCUGCAGAAUCAUCAGCACACCAUGGACAAUGCCUUGCAGGGUGCCCGGCACCUGAAGCUAUUGUCUCUGUCCUAUAACACACUGGGUGUCCCAGCCCUUGCUCGGGUUCUUCAGUGUGUGCCUCACCGUGUUCUAACUCAGCUGGAGCUUGGCUCUGUGAUGACCAACAGGAACAGCUCAGGAUUCAUGGAAUCUAUGCUCAGAUAUCUGACACAGGAAGGCUGUGCUCUGACACAUCUGAACCUGUCUGGCAACUACCUGAAUGAUGAAGCUGUAAGAAAUCUGAGCAGAUGUCUUCCUAUCUGUCCCUCAUUAAUCUCAUUGGAUUUGACUGCUAACCCUAAAAUUAGUUGUUGCAGCCUGGAAGAAAUUUUGUCAGCUCUUCAGGAAAGAAAUUCUGGCCUUGACUUCCUUGGUCUUUCAGGAUGCUCCAUUGAAGGCCCCUUGGGAAGCUGCACAUGGGAGAAAAUUACUUCCCAGCUUCAAGAGUUACAGCUGUGCUGCAGCAAAUUGAAACCUACUGACCAUCAAGCCCUAGGCCAGCAGUUGGCCUUCAAGCAGGGUCCUAGCUCCGUCAUACUGAAACACCACCACAAACUUUUCUUUGGACGCCAUUGAGCAGUAACAUCUCUUUUUUUCUCCUUCCAUUUAUGUACAAUAUCGGCUCCAAUAAGCCUGCCCAUGGCUUUUAGACUUUUAAAAUCCUCAAUAAAUCACUUCUUUUAUUUAUCUACAUCAUCCCCAUGCUAAUCUCUGUCUCAGCUUUUCAUUGCCUUUUCCCAUCUCACGACCCUAUUUGAAGGAAUCACUGAGGGCCUGUUGGAGAUUUGAUGUAUUUCUAGGACCCAAAUCUCUCUGGUCACCUAAAAUAGGGAUA